UUCUGUGUCACGCUCCUCCCGUCGGCCAUGCGUGGUGACGUCACUGGCGGAAGUGGACCCUCGGUCCUCAGACGACGAGACGGCGACCAGCAACCCGCGACUAGUUGACAUCCUUUUCACCACUUUUGCUUUGUCAUCUUUCAAAAACGUGUUUUUUGUUUGUUUUGGUCUGCUUCGUGUGUUGGCGCCACAGUUAAAGCCGCGAAGAAGAAUUCGCAGAAGUCGUCCAGUGAUGAACCACACCUCGAUGGAGAUGGACCACUCCCACCACCAUGAUCACGCCAUGAUGGCCACGCCCAUGCCCACCAACGGGGGCGGACAUGACCACGGGGGCGGAUCCAGCGGAGGGGGACACGGAGGCAUGGCGAUGACCUUUUACUUUGGCUACCAGAACGUGGCGCUGCUCUUCAGCGGUCUCCUCAUCAACUCUGCCGGAGAAAUGGUGGGUGCGUGCAUUGGCGUCUUCCUGUUGGCCGUCCUGUACGAGGGUCUGAAGAUGGGCCGGGAGGCGCUACUGCGUCGAAGUCAGGUCAACGUGCGCUACAACUGCAUGCCGCUGCCCGGCGCCGACGGCACUGUACUCAUGGAGACGCACAAGACUGUCGGGCAGAGGAUGCUAAGCCCCGCCCACUUCCUGCAGACCGUGCUGCACGUCGUCCAGGUGGUGGUCAGCUACCUCCUCAUGUUGGUCUUCAUGACGUACAACGCGUACUUGUGCAUGGCGGUGGCGGCGGGCGCGGGCGCCGGCUACUUCCUGUUCAGCUGGCGCAAGGCGGUGGUGGUGGACAUCACAGAGCACUGUCAUUAGGUCAUUAACACUUCCCUGUCGUUAGCGCUUGCCGUCGUCGGAUUGUUUAGCCGGCGCUAACAAACGUUGCGAGGGGAGCGCGCAAACCUCUGGAAAAUUGGAAGGGAGGUCGAACCGACGCGAUCACGUAGCAAGUCGUAGAUUUGAGCGGCCGAGUUAGUGGCUACUUGGUGAACGUUUUGUAGAGAAGCGUACAUUCUUAUGUCAUUGUGUUAGUGGUUAAUUAGGUUAAUUCAGAGCGUUUAUUGUGUUUGCUCUUUGUGCCAUGACAACAGAGGCUAACAGUAACUAGCUGCUCCUAGUGUAAAUGUUAGCAUAGCAAGCGACGAUUACACAUUUUAUCUAUCUGUUUAGCAUCUUUGAUACAAUCAGACUGACUAAUUUGUCUUGUUUGGGUUUUUUAGUGAUGUAAUGAAAAGAUGUGAAACCAAAAUGUUUACUUUUUGGGGGAGGUCUCGGAAGGUUAAACGGGCCUUAAACACACGUUGCCUUAACGAGGGCAUCUCAUUUACGUUCAACGUCGUCGUUCGACAAAUGCCGCAAAUUGUCUUCUUGUUGUUGUUGAGUGACCAAUCUGAUUGGUGAUGUGAAAAGAAAGCGUUACGUAUGCCGGAAUCAUUAAAGUUUGUAUGCGUCAA